CUGCCUGAUCUGUGUUCAGAGGAGAUGGAAAAGGGAAAUCACUCGGAGGCGACUGAGUUCAUUCUCUCAGGACUGACAGAUCGUCCAGAGCUGCAGGUCCCCCUCUUUGGGGUGUUCCUAGUGAUUUAUGGUAUCACACUGGUGGGGAAUGGGGGGAUGAUCUUGUUAAUCAUGAUUGAUCUCCGACUUCACACCCCAAUGUACUUUUUUCUCAGUAAUUUGUCUUUCUGUGACCUCUGCUAUUCCAUGAUAAUUUCCCCUAAGAUGUUGCUGAAUUUCUUAACUGAGAGGAAAAGCAUUUCUUACACUGCCUGCGCUGUGCAACUGUAUCUCUUUUACGUCUUUUCAGAUUUUGAAUGCCUCUUGCUGGCUGUGAUGGCAUAUGACCGAUAUGUGGCCAUCUGUAACCCGCUGCUCUAUACGGCCACUAUGUCCAGGAAACUUUGUAAACAGCUGGUGGCUGGGGUGUACGCUGUGGGAUUGGUGGAUUCAAUGAUACACACAUGUUUUACAUUUCGGCUGUCAUUCUGCAGCUCCAACAUCAUCAAGCAUUUCUUCUGUGACAUCCCCCCACUGCUGGUGCUCUCCUGUUCUGACACCUACAUCAAUGAAAUUGUGAUGUUUACUUUAGUGUGCUGCAUUAUAGUGAGCAGCCUUGUAACUAUCCUCCUCUCCUAUGUCUAUAUCACCUCCACCAUCCUGCAGAUCCGCUCCACCGAGAGGAGGCACAAAGCCUUCUCCACCUGCAGUUUUCACUUGACUGCUGUGGUCCUGCUUUUUGGCACCCUCCUCUUCAUGUAUUUACGUCCCACCUCCAGCUAUUCCUUGGACACAGACAAAGUGGCCUCAGUGUUUUAUACACUGGUGAUCCCUAUGCUGAACCCUCUCAUCUACAGCCUGAGGAACAAGGAGGUGAAGGACGCCCUGAGGAGAGCAAUGAAUAAACUCCUAACCAAUUCUUGA